ACCUGCAAGGCAGCUUCAGGGUGUCCAGAAAGGGGAAAAGACAAACCGGAUUAAGGUGUCAGCGGGCGGCUCACAGGAUAUAAAACUUCCCUAACUGCAGAGCAACAACGCCGCCACGCCCGCCGCCCCCGACUCGCCGCGAGCACUGGACCCGCCAGCUCUCCGCCCGCGGCACCGCCCAGGGCCUCAGGCCCCGCCCCCGGGCGCCUCCGCGGGCCGCGUGGUCCGGCGUCGGGGUCGGCGCAGGCGGCUCGGGGCCCCGGCGCUUCCGGGUUGGCGGCGGCGCAGGGGCGGAAGCCGGGCGGCGCAGGGACGCCAGCGGCUGGCCGGGCGGAGCUGGGGGCCUGGACGGGCCCGGCGCGGAUGCGCCCACCAGGCCGCCGGGGGAGGGGGGCCGCCACGAUCCGGACCCUGCCGGGCGUCCGGAGAGGUUUAAUCCUUCUUGAACUUCUAAAGAAAAUGGCAGAAACGUCAUCAGAGCAUUCUGGGCAGCUGGUUGUACACUCAGACACUCACAGUGACACUGUGCUGGCCAGUUUCGAGGAUCAGAGGAAGAAGGGCUUUCUUUGUGACAUUACUUUAAUCGUAGAGAAUGUGCAUUUCCGGGCCCACAAAGCCUUACUUGCUGCCAGUAGUGAAUACUUCUCAAUGAUGUUUGCUGAAGAGGGGGAGAUCGGCCAGUCCAUUUAUAUGCUGGAAGGCAUGGUUGCCGACACUUUUGGUAUCCUGCUGGAAUUUAUCUACACGGGUUGUCUCCAGGCCAGUGAGAAAAGUACGGAACAAAUCCUGGCUACUGCCCAGUUCUUAAAAGUUUAUGACCUGGUAAAGGCUUAUGCAGACUUUCAAAAUAAUCAUAGCUCCCCAAAGCCACCAGCUUUGAACACAGGUGGUGCUCCAGUGGUUGUUAUUUCUAAUAAGAAAAAUGGUCAUCCGAAGCGGAAACGGGGAAGACCAAGAAAAGUCAACAGUUUGCAGGAGGGGAAAUCAGAACUGGCUGGGGAGGAAGAAAUACAACUGAGAGUGAACAACUCAGUUCAGAAUAGACAAAAUUUUGUGGUUAAAGAGGGAGACAGUGGCAUACUGAAUGACCAGAUUCCAGCAAAAGAAUUGGAAGAAUCUGAGCCAGCUUGUGAGCCAGGUGGAGAGGAGGAAAUGCCAGCUGAAAAAGAUGAGAACUGUGAUCCCAAGACCCAGGAGGGGCAGGACAACCAGAGCCGAUGCAGCAAGAGGAGGAUUCGGAGGUCCAUCAAACUGAAAGAUUACAAACUUGCUGGGGAUGAAGAAGACCAGGAUUCAGCCAAGAGGGUCUGUGGCAGGAGGAAGCGCCCAGGUGGCCCUGAGGCCCGUUGUAAAGACUGUGGCAAAGUGUUUAAAUACAAUCACUUUUUAGCAAUCCACCAGAGAAGCCACACAGGGGAACGACCUUUCAAAUGUAAUGAGUGUGGAAAAGGCUUCGCUCAGAAGCAUUCCCUGCAGGUCCACACCCGGAUGCACACAGGCGAGCGGCCAUACACCUGCACCGUGUGCAGCAAGGCUCUCACCACCAAGCACUCGCUGCUGGAGCACAUGAGCCUGCAUUCAGGACAGAAGUCUUUUACCUGUGAUCAGUGUGGAAAAUAUUUCAGCCAGAAAAGACAACUAAAGAGCCAUUACCGAGUUCAUACAGGCCGCUCAUUACCGGAAUGCAACCACUGCCACCGCAAGUUCAUGGAUGUGUCUCAGCUAAAGAAACACCUGCGAACACACACGGGUGAGAAGCCAUUCACUUGUGAAAUCUGUGGCAAAUCUUUCACAGCCAAGAGUUCUCUUCAGACCCACAUCCGGAUCCACCGAGGAGAAAAGCCAUAUUCCUGUGCCGUGUGUGGCAAAUCCUUCUCUGACUCGAGUGCCAAGAGGAGACACUGCAUUCUACACACGGGCAAAAAGCCUUUCUCCUGCCCUGAGUGUAACUUACAGUUUGCGCGCUUAGACAACUUGAAGGCUCACUUGAAAAUCCAUAGCAAAGAGAAACAUGCCUCUGAUGCCAGCAGCGUUUCCAGCAAUAAUAAUGCUGAAGAGGUCAGGAAUCUUCUUCAGCUGCAGCCCUAUCAACUCUCUACCUCUGCAGAGCAGGAAAUUCAGCUUCUUGUAACUGAUUCUGUACACAACAUCAAUUUCAUGCCUGGUCCUAGCCAAGGCAUCAGCAUCGUCACUGCCGAGAGUUCCCAGAACAUGACGGCAGACCAGGCUGCGAAUCUCACCCUGCUCGCCCAGCAGCCAGAGCAACUGCAGAACUUAAUUCUCUCAGCUCAGCAGGAGCAAACAGAACACAUCCAGAGCCUCAAUAUGAUUGAAAGCCAGAUGGAACCCUCACAGACCGAGCCAGUGCACGUCAUCACACUCUCCAAGGAAACUUUGGAACAUCUCCACGCCCAUCAAGAGCAAACAGGGGAGCUCCAUUUAGCAAGCGCUUCAGGUCCGGCUCAGCACCUGCAGCUGACACAGGAGCCUGCUCCACCUCCACCCACCCACCACGUGGCCCAGCCUGCACCGCUCAGCCAGGAGCAGAGCUGACCCAACACGUGCUGGACUGCUCUGUCUCUUGUCCGUCAGCCCACCGUGACUGGAUGGUGUGCUUGAAGUCAGGCUUUCGGCAACGCUCACUUACAGAUUCUUACAGAGACAUGGUAGCUCACUGAGCUGGCCGAUAGCUUAAAUGCGUUCCAUCCAAGAAGCAAGAUGUGUGUAUCAUGUCUUAUCUCUAAUAUUGAUUUGGAUUUUGGCAUUUCAAUAUUGUUGAAUGGGUUUCAUUUCCAUUUACUACAUCUCUUAAAGACUGGGGUAACUUUCCUUUGGGGGCACUGCAUUAGACGUUGCUGUAAGUAUUAAAUGAUCACAGCUGUAGUUAUGGUCUUGUUGACCUUUCCAGUUAUAUUUUUUUAUUUUUAGAACAAAGGAAGUCAUAUGCUGAACCGGGUACAAUGGUUCAUUCCCCUUCCUUAUUUCUCUUAAGCAACACACUUGCCACUGCAAGUUGGGGCUGAAUAUGACAGAUUACAACUUUGAGGACUCUGUCCUUUUAAUACCUUCCAAUCCCCUAAGACAGAGUAACUUCUCAAGAUUUAAUCUUCAUGUGGUACAGUCGGCUCAACGUGUCAUGUUUAAGAUGGAUUCCAAUGUCUUUUUUAACUCAAAAUUCACAAAACAAGAAAGCCAAAAGGAUAGGAUUAUUUUUUAAAUUCUAAACUCAACUUCUCCUGAGAAACAUAGGUUUACAUGUUUUUUAAAAGCAGGUUGUUGAAAAUUGAAUUUAAAAAUCUAAAGUAUGAAAUUGGAUCAGGAUAUUCACCCCAGAUAAAUUCUGCAUUUUUGUCAGUGUUGAUAUUUGGUCUCCAUGAUGAAGUUAAAGCUUUCUUAAUUAUCCUGGAAUAUAAAAUUCAGUGUAAUUGGUGUUCAAUAUACUCUACUGGAUUCUAAUUGAUCUCUGAAAAUGUUGAUCUAUGUGUUCUGUCCGAUAACUUUUUGGAUAGGAACUUACUAUUUUUAUUGCAAACUAGGUUAAAUCUCACAAAAUAGACACAUAAUUUUUUAAAGUAAAUUCUCCUAAUCUGAAAAAUAAUUUUGAGCCUCAGAGAUUUAAUAGCCAGCAUGUGUAUAUAAUUGUGUGAUUUUAAAUAAUCGUCAGAAGAUUAAAUUAUGUUUGGGUUAAGUUUUCCAGCUCAGCCUACUUUAUUGAA